UUUAGCCAAAGAGUCGCACCCGGCUCUGGGCAAUGGCUUUCGUUUAGGGUUUUUGGGUUUACUUCAUAUGGAGGUCUUCUGUCAAAGACUUGACGACGAAUUUAAUGCUCAGGUAGUCAUAACAGCGCCGAGUGUCCCAUACAAGGUUAAAAUCAAAGGAGAGAAGAAUAUAAAGGCGUUGGGAAGCGAGGAAUUGAUUGUAACGAAUGCCUCGAAAUUACCAAAUGUUUCCAUUAUUAGCGAAUACUUUGAACCGAUGGUCACCGGGACUGUCAUAACA